AACAUAGGAGAUAUAUAAUCCAAACCAUACCUGACUAUUCUUGCUUAACUUGUUACCCUAUACUUGGAAAUAUCUCAGACAGAUUUCUUAGUUUUUGGGAUUGGUUUACUCUAGAAUUCCCUGCUACUUGCUUUACCUACAAUUCUAUUGUAGUUUUUAGGAGAAUUCUGCAACAAGUAGUUGUUUCAGAAGAUUACCUAGAAGCAUUGACUAUAACCUUCUGUUAUAGUUCUGAAGUUAACUUUUAUACUCUUAUUACCCAUAUUAGACAAGCACUUAUCUUAACAGAUAGAUUUACUCUUGACCUUCUAACAACCCUAUACUAUCAUAGCGAAACUACUUCUUUAUAUUCAAACUUAUCAGAAGAAAGUCUUUCAGAUUUUGAUUAUAAUUUAGACUUACUAUUUCAAACUCCUCCUCCUAGUCCUAAAUUAAAUAUGGCAACUAUACAGAAU